AUGUUCAAUGCUUUUGAAGGGAGCGGAUUUAAUUAUUUUUCUCAAACUUUGGUACACAACUGGGAUUCACUAGACUAUCAUAUUUUUUGGAAAAGAACCAUAUCAGCCACACUAAAUAAAGCAACGGUAUCAAGAGUAUUUAGCGAUCAAAUCGAAUGGUUGAUAGCAAACGGAACCGAAAGCGGACAGGAGAAGGCAAAAUAUCUAAAGAACCAAUUUAAAGGACCCGUGGGACUUCGUCUCCUGCACGGCACUCCUGCUGCAAUCCUUGCAACCACAUUGCAAUAUAUCGAUUCACAGAAAGGUGGUCGAAUAUAUCUUUUCUGGAAAGAAGAAAUGCAUGCUAAAAAACUUAACAACAUCGAAAAAGAUGCCUCUAUUAAGAUUCAUAACCUCCAGGCACAACAUCAUAUUUCCGUUGCAAAUCGUAUACUUACAAGAGGAAAUGACACAUUAGAAACAAUCCCUCUUAAUGAAGCGAGAAUGUUUGUGGUUAAACAAUCUUCUCUUUGCCUUUUAAAUGUCAAGCAGAUAAGAGAUGACAAUGUCGAUGAUACUUAUUCCAAAGAAUCUAUUUCGAAAAAGGUUGAUGAAAAUACGGUCCAUGAAAAUAAAAGAAAAAGGGUCGAAGACGAGGUGGACUAUGAUGGAUUGUCGUUACUAUUUGAUGAAUUAAGUGAAAAUAACUUAGUAGACAGUAUUGAUGAAAGGAUUCUUGAGGAAGAGAACGUAUUACCACAAGCAAGAGGUAAUAGCGACUCGAAGGAACAACAGAAAAAUAUAGAGGGAAUUCUGGACUUAACCAAAGAAAGCUUAUACGAUUGUAAACAACUCACAGAAAAGGACAUAAUGCAAAUUUCCCAAGAUUUUGCCGACAAAAUUUCCUGGAAAACAAUGCCCCCAGAAAGGAAUAUACGAGAAUAUUUUGAUAGUAAUUGUGAAAAAAAAAUAGAUGAUAAUCAUGGUAUUGGAAAAUUAGAUGUAAAUGUCAAAUUUAUAAAGAGUGGUGUAUAUAGUUUUCAAGGAAUGAUGACAGAAGAGGAACUAAAAAUGAGUUCAACGUUCCCACUAUUUCGCGGGGUGUUUACAUCCAACAAUAUUAAAAACGCUUGGGGGGAAAUCCAAGCUCUACCUACAAAUUAUGCACGUAAUGAAAAAGGGAAUCCAUUUAAAAAAGCAAGAAUAGGAAGACGCGUAGAUAUGAAAAGUACUCUGAUCAAAACGUCUAAUAAAUUCGAAAUUAUUUAUGGUGAGGUAUCAGGAGGGUUGGGUCCGCUUGGAAUACCCACUGCCUGUCGUAAAAAGCGAUAUCUUGACAAGGUAAAACUCAUGAUAAUAAUGCGAGACAGCAUAAAUAAACUUCUAAAAGAAUGUAAGCACAUAUCAUUCGAGAAGCGUACAAAUUUGAUCGUAUAUGGAUGGCUCCAAAUAGGUCUAGAACUAAACUUCUAUGCCAUGGACUGGUCAGGAGCCGGUAUAUAUAGAUUUGGGCUAAUCGAUCAAUGUAGAUUACCGUCUGAUGAGGAUGAAUUUGGGAUACUUGAAGACGCGUACUGUAUCCUCAAAUUGCUUGAAAAUAAAUCACUUGAAAUCGAGAAAGUAGUCAAAAAAUUAUUUUUAGAAAACACAAAAGGGAAACGACGGCGAAUUGCAACCGAAACUGAAGCUGAAUUGAAUGAAAAUCGUUCACCUGUAAGAUAA